UGUUUUUUUUUAGCUUUGGUUCGACGGCUCCUCGUGGUCCAAAAGAGAAGUUAGCAUCAGCGCUAAGUAUCCAGCAGCAGGGAUGUCUGCAGACGGGCAUGAGUCUCUGCCUCUAGUCCGCUCCCUCAACACUCGCAUCCCCAUCAGUGUCGUCUUCUGUAACCGCAGUGCCCGCCUGGUGCAGCCGCUGUGGAUAGACUUCCGCGGGGAGCCACGGCCGUACAACGACUUGCAGCCGAGAACCGGACGAAAAGUGACAACUUACGUCGGUCACCCGUGGAUGUUUAAAGAUGCAGAAAGCGAUGACCUGUUGCGGGUGAACGGCAAAGAGCUGUUCCUACCUGCUGUAGCAGGUGGUGGAAGCGCUGCGUUGGUAAAUAUCACCUUACCAGUUUACAGCCUCAAGGACCGCGCCCUUCAGGUGAUCCGACGCCUGGUACGACCGGGGGACUACGGCAGCUUGGAAAUAGCGCGGAGUCUCAUCGAGGAGCUGGGGGAUCCGCCCAGUUUGGCGAAGAGUCUCCGGCGCUUGAAUCAUCGAGUGGAGCGGCAUUUAAUAGAGAGGAUCCAAGGACACGGGGAGUGAGUCACAGGGAGACUCGCCGACUCUGGAGAAUCGGAGACACAACGACGCGGCAGAUCAAGACUGAACUGGUCAGCUACAUUUCCUCUCUCUACUUGGAACUGAAUGAGAUCAAAAUGUCUUUUUUAGGCACUCCAAAUUGAUUGUCGACCCUCACAGGAAAAUAUCCCUGUAGCCUCUUGAGCGCUGCGUAGUGGCUGUGUCUCAACUGGAAUACUUCCGUCAGUACACUUCAAAGUGUAUAUUAUAUACACUGCACACUCAGUUCCUGACGGGGCGUGUUUCGACAGUGUCGUGCUAUUACUGUUGUUGUGCACUUACCGGAAAAUACUUCUUCUCUCCUUUUGAAUGGUGAAUUUCAGCCAUUUGUGUUAGUCCCUCCCCUUCCCCCACCCAGCCGAGAUGGCGACCAUUGAGGGAGGUUGGGCUCCACUCACAAUUUGGGGCGUAUUAAGUACAACAUGCACGUACUUCCCAGUGUGAACGCACUUAUGCACUCAAAAUGAUACUAAAUUGUGACAGAAUACGUACUUGUGGUGGGGGAACCUAAAUAAAUAAUGUUUUUCAUGGCA